AAAUCGAUGAGUUUUAAUCGAUAAGCUGAGUUUCUGUCUGGAAGUGUGAGAAUAUUCUGGUGCGGGCUUUGUUUGUGCCGGUGUCGCUGAAUUAAAGUAAGACGCAGCAUUGGCUACGGCACUUUGCCCAUAUUCUACAAAUAUUCAGCAAAAACAUAACUAAGAUGGGCCGCAGCCGAAGUCCUGUGUCACCGGCCCACAGAAGACGCGAAAAAGAACGCACUGAGCGAAAAAAGCGGCGUGAGCGGCGUUCACGUGAACGAGAAGCAGUUGGAGCCACUAGUACUAGCCGGCGUGAUCGUGAGCGAGAUAGAAGCCGCAGCAGGGAAAGAGAUCGCUUGCGAGGUCGGCGUACCAGCAGAUCCCAUUCGCGUGGACGAGCUACUAGCGCCAGCAGCUCUGGACCAUCAACUUCGCGACGAUCUACCCGCAAAAACACAGGUGCUACUACAGAGCGUCCAAAAAUCAAUGAAGCAGAAUUGAAGGGAAAAUCGCCAGAAGAAGUUGAAAUGCUCAAAACAAUGGGCUUCUGUACUUUCGACAGCACUAAAAACAAGAAAGUCGAGGGAAACGAUGUUGGAGAAGUUCAUGUAAUUUUAAAGCGCAAGUACCGGCAGUACAUGAAUCGCAAGGGUGGCUUUAAUCGACCUCUUGAUUUUGUAGCAUAAUACAAGAUUUGUAUUAUUAUAUUAUACAUUUUCGAGGUCUUAGUAGGCGCAUAAUACGCGGCUGUAUUGUCGCAAACCUGCAAUUUUAUGCAAUAGACCGGUUUACAAAAUUUGUAUAUUUGACAAACAAAUUUCCACCUCAAGCACAAUACCUCAUAUAAUUAUAAAGUACUUUAAGAAUACGCGUUAUUAACAUGAAAGUAGCACGCUUGCCUUCAAAUGCAUAAGAACCUAUGAAUAUUGUUUUUUAUACAUUUAAAGUAAGUUAAAUUUAUUCGGAAGCUCAUUCAUUAAUUUGAAGUCAAACAAAUCAUUUAAAUUACGUUUUUUUUAAAUUAACAUAAAAAGUCCUACACAUUUAUAUUACCUUACCAAUAUCCUCCAUACGCUGCAAUAGUACAACUUUUUACAACCACACAAAUAUAUAUAAAAUAUAUAUUUUUUAUAGAGAAAAUUAUUUUUACACACCAUGUACCUAACACCCCCUUAUAAUCCUUACCAAAAAUGCAAGGACAAUAGCCAUAGCAAUGUUAAAAUGUUAUUUGUUUUGUCAACGUGUAUUUUUUUUAGAAUACACGAACAGGUUAUUCAAUAAUAUAACACGCACGUGCCAGAAGUAAAAAUUAAUUUAAACAUCAUUCGUAAUCUUUUGUACUUUAAAACAAUAUACAAUGUACUUCGGCUGAUAUAGAAUAAACAAUUACAAAUUUGGCCUUCUAUAUACAUAAAUUUUUAAACGUAAAUUAACUUGAUUUUUAAUUUCAUUAUAGUUUUCUAAGUUUGGUAAAUUGCAGGGAAGUUUUAAAAUGAUACUAAUGAUACUAUGUAUGUAUUUCUUAAUGAAGGUUCUAAUAAAAAAUGCAGUUGCUGUCUUUAA